AUGCAGUUUUCUCAUGAUGAGGCGUCAUUCGCGAGGUCCGUGUUAGUAGUCGUCGUCGUCGCUCUCUCCGCGAUUGCUGCUUGCUCAGCUCUAUCAUUUCAGCGCAUCGUCCUUCGAUUUCGCCAAAACCGGAAACCUCAAUAUCAAUCUGUAUCUGAGCUGUAUGAGGAUGAAGAUGGCACUGCAACGCAGGCGUCGGAGGCAGCUUAUUCCUAUCAGCUGCCGCGGAUAUCCGUGCUAUUGUUCUCCAUCGUUUGUCUAUUGGACUCAUUGGUACUCUGUGUCAUCACCACCCAGCAGCCCGUGGAGUCUAAUCUAAGAGUUGAGCAAUGGCUGCAUUUUUGUGCUUGGACGUUCCUACUCAUUCAAGCAGUGGCGUUAUUCAUCGAGCCACAGUACAUUGCUCGGUAUCGACUAUCAGCAUUCGGUUCUUUGUCCAGCUUUCUUCUUUCUAUUGCUAUUAUCGUUGAGAAUCUCAUCAGGUGGUCAUCUAUUUUUGAUAGGUCAAAGCGGUCGAAUGUUUAUCUUACGUUGACUGCAGUACAGUUGGUUGGAGCUCUUGCCUUGAUUUUGAUUUACAGCUUGGUGCCACGGCGACCGGAUGUGUACUGGAACGAGAAAGUUGUUGACAGACAAUACACGACGUCGAUAUUGGGAAGACUCGGAUUCACCUGGCUUAGUCCGCUUCUACAUUUCGCCGCAAUCAAUAAAGGCCUUAAUCUAAACGACCUACCCGAAAUAGACUACCAGACCCGCUCGAAGACGUUACGACGAAAAUUUGAUCAAGUUGGCAAAAAGAACAAGCUAUGGCAGCUCCUUUUCUUAUCACAUAAAACGGCAUUCAUCUCCCAAUGCAUAUUUGUCACGAUCACUUCUGUGACAAAUUUUUUGCCCCAGAUAGCGUUACUAUUCAUUCUCAAAGCUUUGGAAGAUCGUGACAGCGGCCGCGACUCAGUGUUUCAUUUGUGGAUAGGGGUCUUCGCUCUUGGUCUUUCCAUCACCAUUUCUUCAUGGCUGGAGGCAUGGUUAUUCUUUAUUUGCUAUUCACGCAUUGGACAGCCCAUCUUCCAGCAAUUAGCAGCUGUCAUAUUCGGAAAGUCCAUGAGGCGCAAAGACAUCAAGGGUGUGAACACGAAGGUGCCGGAUGUGUAUCUGGACGGAGCGGCACACAUAAGCGAAAAUACCGGACCAAAAGGGGAAGAGCCAACGAAGAAGCAAGACGAUGACGAUGACGACGAGCAGAAAACGCGCCAAAGCACCAUCAACCUGGUUGGAGUCGACUCUUAUCGUGUUUCAAACUUUGCCACCUACAUUUACAUCUUCCCUGGUACGGUCUUGAAGCUUACCCUUGCUUUUGGCUUCCUCAUCAGGCUAAUCGGAUGGAUCCCUUUGUUGGCCGGACUGGCAAUCCCGGCGAUUAUAACACCCGUCAACGCUUUCGCAUCCAAACGAUAUGCUUCAGCUCAGGAUGAUCUCAUGAGAAUCCGGGACAAGAAGAUGGCAGUGGUUACGGAGGCUCUUCAAGGAAUUCGACAAAUCAAGUUCUCCGCGUUCGAAGAUAAUUGGCAGCGCAAAAUUAUGGACGUUAGGAGAAAAGAAUUGAAGACGCAGUGGCGGGUCUUCAAAUAUGAUACGACUCUGAUAGCAAUCUGGAUUGCUGGACCUAUAUUGCUUGCAGCCGUUGCGCUAGCUACCUAUGCCAUUAUCCACAAAACGCUCAGUGCCUCGGUCGCCUUCACGACUGUUUCAGUAUUCGAAGCUCUGGAAAUGACUCUGGCUGCAAUACCUGAGCUCAUUACCGAUUACUUCGAUGCGUCAGUGAGUGCAAGGAGAAUUGAAACCUAUCUUGGUUCAGCGGAGAAAGAACAUUACAUCAAAGCCGGUAGCAUGAUCUCGUUCCAGCAGGCUACUGUGGUCUGGCCUGCUGAAGAUGAAGGAAUAGUGGAAGACCAAUUCCGUUUACGAGACCUUAACCUGGAAUUUCCAAACGGCAAGUUAAGCGUAGUUUCCGGCAGGACUGGAUCCGGCAAAAGUCUCCUGCUCGCUGCAAUCCUAGGAGAAGCAGACAUCCUGACUGGAACGAUUCAAGUUCCUCGUGCUCCGCCACCAAGCAUCCGCUUCGACGAGCAAGCUAAUCCAAACAAUUGGUACCUGGAGGGAUCCAUCGCAUUCGUCGCGCAGAUUCCUUGGAUCGAGAACGCUACCAUCAAGGAUAAUAUUCUGUUUGGCUUGCCUCUUGACUCAUCGAGGUAUCAAAAGACGCUCUCUGCCUGCGCUUUGGAGAAGGAUCUAGAGAUGUUGCCAGAUGGAGAGCUGACCGAUAUCGGUGCUAAUGGUAUCAAUCUAAGCGGAGGGCAGAAAUGGAGGGUGUCUUUCGCCCGUGCACUUUACUCAAGAGCAAGUAUUCUUGUUCUCGACGACAUCUUUAGUGCAGUUGAUGCCAAUGUGGGGCGUCACUUGUAUGAGAACGCUUUGACUGGAGACCUGGGCCAAGGUCGAACACGGAUUCUGGUCACCCAUCACGUUAGCUUAUGUCUUCCAAGAACAAGAUACGGAGUUUUACUGGGUGACGGUAAAGCACUCCAUGCGGGUACAGUCGAAGAAUUACGUAAGGAUGGUCGUCUUGAUGCGAUACUUGCUCAAGAUGUAGAGCAGCAACAAAAUGCAGAGGAGGCGGCACAGACUCAAAAUGCCCCAGAAAUAGACGAUGGUGGCGGUCUCAAACAGGCCAUAAGUCAACGGUCCAAUCUAUCAACACGAAAAUCCAGUCAUGCAAUGCAGGAUAUAAAUGCCGACACAACCAUAUCCCCCAAGAAGUUCACAGAGGACGAGAAGCGAGAAAAAGGGGCUAUCAAAUAUACCAUAUAUGCUGAAUACAUCAGAGCUUCUGGUGGGCUUCGUCACUGGCUGUUGGUCUUGCUGGCCUUUCUUCUUUGUCUGCUGGUAAUACUCGGCCGCUCGUGGUGGAUCAGCAUCUGGACAAGGUCUUACCAGAACGAAACGGUAAUUGCGAAGGACCAUUGGCGACCUCAAGCAUACCUCCAGUACCCGAAGAAAGAGAUACAUGCAGUGCAAAUUGACGGCAAUAUCUGGUUCUACUUAGGCAUAUACUUGGCAUGGUCGGUAGGACAAUGUGUGAUUGGAAGCUCUCGGUACUUCCUGGUCUUUCUGGGAUCAAUUCGAGCAUCGAAAGAUCUAUUUGAGCAGUUGACAUAUGCUGUUCUCCGUGCGCCUCUGCGCUGGCUGGACACAGUUCCUGUCGGACGUAUCCUCAACCGUUUCACAGCUGAUUUCAACAUGGUUGACUCUCGCAUUUCCCUGGACCUUGGAUUUAUGAUGCACAAUGCGAUGGGAGUCAUCUCUGUGAUCAUAGCCGCAGUCUUCGUGUCGCCGUGGAUGAUUGCCUUCGCACUGUUACAACUUGUGAUCUGCAUGCACUACGCUCUUCGCUACUUGACAGGGGCCAGAGAGGUCAAAAGGUUAGAAAGCAACUCAAAAUCACCAAUCUUUGAAUCUUUCGCGGCGGCUCUCAUGGGUAUCAGCACUAUCCGCGCUUUCGACAAGGCAGAAAUCUAUGUGGAGAGGAUGUACCGGAAGAUCGACACUUAUGCACAAGCAUACUGGCAUCUAUGGCUCUUUAACCGAUGGAUGGGACUGAGGCUUAAUAUGGUUGGAGCAGUAUUUGCAACGGUCACGGCAGCCCUCAUUGUCAGCAUCCGUGGUAUUGACGCAUCACUCGCUGGUUUUGCUCUUAGCUUUGCUUUAGAAUAUACCGUCUCGCUGGUCUGGUCGUUGCGACAGUAUGCAAAUGUUGAGCUGGACAUGAACGCCGUUGAGAGAAUUGUUGAAUACUCCAAUAUUCCUAUUGAAAAUCAGAGUGGUGAUACAGCACCUGCGGCAUGGCCAACUGAAGGUCGCCUGGAGGUAGCGAACCUUGUUGUGGGAUAUGCUGCGGACAUGCCACCAGUGCUCAAAGGAUUGAGUUUUAGCGUCCAACGGAAUCAGCGCGUUGGCGUUGUAGGUCGAACGGGUGCUGGCAAGUCGUCCCUGACGCUGGCGCUUUUCCGCUUUCUGGAAGCACGAGAAGGUGUGGUGCUUAUCGAUGGUGUUGACAUUUCGAAAAUCCGAUUGCAGGAUGUGCGAUCUAGACUUGCCAUCAUUCCUCAGGACCCGGUCCUGUUCUCCGGCACUAUCCGCACUAAUCUCGAUGCCUUUGAUGAGCACAAUGAUAGAGAGCUACGAGACGCUCUGGAGCGUGUACAUCUGGUCUCAGGCAUGAGCGCGCCCUCUGACGAGCCAAGUGGCACCACUACGCCUGUGGACCCAAAUCCUAAUAGAAAUAUUUUCCGGAGCCUUUCUUCCAAGAUCAGUGAAGGUGGCCUCAAUCUAUCACAGGGUCAGCGGCAACUCUUGUGUCUAGCACGAGCAAUCGUGUCACGCCCAAAGAUUAUGGUUCUAGACGAGGCUACUUCAGCAGUGGAUAUGGAAACAGAUGCAAUGAUACAACGAAGCAUCCGGGAGGAGUUUCAGGAUUCUACGUUGAUUGUGAUUGCGCACAGACUCAGUACCAUUGCUGACUUCGACAAGAUAUUGGUUAUGGGAGAUGGGAGGGUACUAGAAUAUGACGAGCCCCGGCUAUUGAUGGAGAAAAAAGAUGGCGACUUCCGCAAAAUGGUGGAAGAGAGUGGUGAGAGAGACGUGUUGGAGGACAUCAUUCAUGGGAAAACGGCACCCAUUGACGCAGCAUCUUGA